AUGCGUGGCGCUUGUGCAGCGGCGCGCACUUUGCCCACCGCUCGCGGUGGCGUCCGAGCGGAGGCGGAGACGCGAUUAACCUCCGACAACACAAGCAAUGUUGUGCCCGCCGUUUCGGACGACGAAGAACCGCGGGUGCCGCUGGCUGAACUGCUGUCGACCUGCGUUGAUGCGGCCCAGCGAGGCUGCGACGAGAUCCGACGAGUGCACGCCUCGCUAUCGACGGAGGGUGGCGCGAUCUCUGAUUCUGCAGUUGACUACAAGCUUGCCGGCGACAGCCGCUCGGCGCUGACUGCAGCUGACCUCGCCGCGCAGUGCGCUGUUGUCGAAGGCCUCGAGAGGGCAUGGCCAGGCCUCCGCAUCGUUGGAGAGGAGGACCUCGCGUGCUCGGUCGACUCGGACGCCGCAAUGGGUGGCGUGUGCACGUCUGACCUCGCGUGGUCCGUUGCCGCCGCUGAGCCGGCCGGCCUCCGCCGCGACCUCCUCUCCGCCCUCCUCGAGGAGUCUGCGCCUGAGGCGGCGCCGGUGGACACCUGUCAGACAGCGGCGAGGUCGCUGCUCGAGGAGUGCGAGCUGCAGGGUGGCAAGGGAGGCGCAAGCUCGAGGAGCGAGCCGCUGAGCGACGUGACCGUCUUUGUCGAUCCGCUCGACGGCACGCGCGAGUUCGUCGAGGGACGCGUCUGGAACGUCCAGACCCUCAUUGGCGCCCGCCGCGUCACAACAAACGCGUCGUGUGGCGCGUCUUGCAUCGCCGUUCGCGGCGAGGCAGUCGCCGGCGCCGUCGGCCUACCCUUUGGUAGCGGCAGCGAUGACUCGAAGGCUUGCAAUCCUGCCGCCGUGGUCUACGCGAUGCUCGGCGCGGGCCCGCCGCGCGUGUUUGGCGAGCCUCGCCACGCCCCGCGCGCCUUCGUGGCAUGGAUCCGCGCAGCACCGACAAAUAUGAUGAACCACGUACGCGCAGGCGAGCGUGCAGACCCGCAGGACCCGGUGCACGGCGGCGAGGUGCCUUCGUCUGGGGCGAGGCCGCUGCUAGUCGCAGGCCCAGCUUUCUCUCCACCUGAGAUUGCCCGACGCGACGCGUCCGACUUCGCCCUCAAGGCAGCCUACGCCGCGGCGCUGGAGGGCGGAGGCCGGCGCGCCAUCAUGAACUUUCAGAGCAGCGCGUGGGACACCUGCGCGCCAGAGGCGCUUGUGCGAGCCGCCGGCGGCGAGAUGACCGACUUGUUCGGCGAGGGCGCAUCGGCCAGCCCCCGCCCGAGCUGCGGCGUCGCCGCCGCCUCGCCCGCUUUCGCGCCGCGCCUUCGCGCCCUCUGCGAGACGAUGCGCGCCAACCCGGCUGCGGCAGCGAGGCUGGCGCCGUGGGGACUGCAGGUGGGGGCCGGGGGAGAGAGCUGGGAGGAGUGCGGCGGGGCGGAGGCGGUGGGGAAGGGCCUCACAUCGCUGCAGUGCCUGCUCGGGCUGAGCGACGACGAGGGGGCCGCCAACCGCUGGCAGUCGCUCCGCCUUCUGCGCGCUCGGCUGGGCCUCUCGCAGGGCGAGCUCAAGGCGGUGGUGUUGCGGUGGCCGCAGCUGCUGGGCUUCGCGUACUCCGACAUGGCGCCGUCGCUCGCACGUGAGGAGCUGGGCCUCGAUGACGGCCAGCUGAGGUCGCUCGUCGCCGCGCUGCCGCAGCUGCUCGGUCUCGACUUCGAUGCAGAGGCCCGUUGCAAGCCGUGUGUGGCGGCCAAGCUGGCCGCGCUUCGGACCGAGUCCGACAGCGAAUUCAGCCGCGCGGAGCUGGUGGCCAAGGUGCUGGCGAGGCCAACGCUGCUGCUCGGGAUCGAGGAAGCGUGCCCCCGGUAG